AUGCGUUCGACGGCAUCCCUCAUCGCGGCCCUCGCAUCUCUUGGCGGGCUUGAGCUUGUCCGAGCUGAAGACCUCCAAGAGUUGAAGCCUCAGUUUAUGCCCGAGCAGCUCAAGAGACACAUCGACUACGGAACCACCUCGCUCGCGGACAUUCCUACCGCUGGCGAAGCGCAGCUCACAGCAAGGUCGGACGCGAACUCCUUCGUCUCCUACUUCAACAAUCUGCUCCAGAAUGGUAGUGGCGGCGCGGCCACCAGUGCCCCUGUCGCUUCAGAGGCUCCAGUCCUCGUGGUGCCCAUCACGAUCUCCGUCGACGCCAACGGCGUGACCCAUACCAUCACUGGCGCUCCUACAACGGCGCCAACGCCCACAGCUGCCCCUGAACCUGUGGUUGUCACAAGCGCUACAUCAACCACAGAACCACCGGCCCCGCCAACUUCGGCUGCCGCAAACACCGGUUCAAGCGCCUCGUCGCAAGAUCCGACGUCUUCUGGUGCUAAUCAGCCUUCUCCCAAGAACGUCGACCCGACCUCUGAGUCUCAGACAUCCCCAGCAGCGCUGGCAUCGUCAUCAUCCCCGGAGCCUUCUCCCAAGAACGUCGACCCGACCUCUGAGUCUCAGACAUCCCCAGCAGCGCCGGUAUCGUCAUCAUCCCCGGAGCCUUCUUCCACACCGGAACAGUCGCCUCCGAAGGAGGCGCCAACAACAACAACUCCGCCCGUGGAACAGAGCUCCUCCGAAGCUCAGUCUCCCGCCACUUCAGAGAAGGCCCAGACGCCGACCGCAUCCUCCUCGGAGCAAGCCCAGACGCCGACCGUUUCCUCUUCGGACCAGGCUUCCUCCGAAGGCAAGCAGACCACUCCUGAUCACACUCCGACGCCGGUAGUGUCCUCAAAUGCGCCCACCGCGACCAGCGGCAACAUCAUUAGUGACGUUGUGAGUGGUGUGAACAGUGUCGUUAGCGGCAUUUUGGAAACUUCCAGCUCGACCAGCGUCACCCCUACCGCAAGCUCGCCUGUCACUGAAGAAUCUAAGACCCCUGAGGCCACACCAACCGGGACAACACCGUCUGAGGCCACACCAACCAAGGCCUCACAGACCGAGACUUCCCAGCCUGAGACGCGGGAUCCUGCCUCGUCGACGCCGCUUCCAGGAUCCUCCACAGAUGCGGUUCCCUCCUCAAUUGAAGCGACCCCCACGCCGACCCCCAGCACGUCGGGCCUCAUCGACUCACUCACCUCUGUUAUCUCUGAGAUCUUGCCUACCGCAGCCAGUUCAUCUUCAGUCACCGAUGUCGUCAGCACCACCCCCUCUUUGACCGGGGUCACACCGACUGAGGCCACACCAACCAAGGCUUCACAGACCGAGACUUCCCAGCCUGAGACGCCACUUCCGGCCUCGUCAACGCCGCUUCCAGGAUCCUCCACAGAUGCGAUUCCCUCCUCAAUCGAAGCGACCCCCACGCCGACCCCCAGCUCGUCGGGCCUCAUCGACUCGCUUACCUCUGUUAUCUCUGAGAUCUUGCCUACCGCAGCCAAGUCAUCUUCAGUCUCCGAUGUCAUCGGCAGUGCCCCCGUUUUGACCCCGGCAACCCCGACGGAGGAGACCCCGACUGUGACCCCAACCCCAACUGUGACCCCAAUCGCAACUGGCAGCUCGACCAGCCUCCCUGAGUCGCUCACCUCUGGUAUCUCCGAUAUCUUGCCCAGUGCCUCUAACUCGUCCACCAACGUCCCUGGCAGCGGUAACGCCACGGCGACCGUCGAACCCACGAGCUUGAGCAAUUUGCCGACCAUUCCUAUCAGCAUUCCCUCCGUGACGACCCCCGCUGCCACAUCUGGAAGCCCAGGCGGCUCCUUGGGUCCUAUUCUGGGAAGCACACCGGUCAUCCCACCCGUGGGCAGUUCUACAACCAGCAUUGUGGCCGUCCCCACUGGUGUGCCGACAACUACUCUCUCUGGGGGCGCCAAUUCAACUCAGACAGGCAUCUCAUUCACCACGAUUAGUCCCAGCGUGCCCACGUCUGCUCCAUCUGCGACCAGCACCCCUGUGAUCCCUGGUUCUGGCACUGCUACUGAGACCGGAGCGGGCUCCUCCUCUGCUGUGAUCACCCCCACCAGUGUCGCAUCCACUCUGCCUACCAGCCAGGCCACCCCGACCGCUGUCUCUUCCACCGAGUCAGCGACUCCAACUCCCACCACAACGGAGCAGCCUAGCACAAGUUCGACCACCACGCAGCAGACAACCGAAUUCACUACGUCCAUUCCUCUCCCCCCUCAGUCCACCUACUCUGAGAACACGGAAUUCGUGCCCUCGAGCAUCUUGGUUGAACCUCCCACGACGACCCAGCAGUCGGCGACCCAGACCGCUACGGAGACCACGCAGCCCAUUCAGCUCCCCGGAUCCAUUUCGCCUGCCAAUAGUCCUUCGGCUCCUCCUGCUGACUCUACCCUGAUUCAGAUCGGUUUCAACGGCAAGCUCCGAUAUAGCUUCGUUGCGACGACCCCGCUCUCGUCCUCUCAGAUCUUCCUGUACGUUCCUCAGGGAUUGAUCUAUGCCUUGGAGGUUCUUGGUCAGGAUCUCUCCAUGUUGGCUAUCGAGCCCUACAACAACUCGGCCAGCACUGGUUACAUUGCGACAGUUGCCUUGGCCUACAUCCCUACCGAUAAGGUUGAUGCUCUGAGGAAGUUGCUCCGCAACCCCAUCUCGAAAGUGUAUGAGCAGCCCAACGAGUCGGUCAAGACGCUGUUCUCGAUGAUUGAUCCCUCUAUUCCUCUCGUUGUUGGCGAGUCCGGCUCGUCCAGUGGCAGUGGUCUGUCGACCGGCGGCGGCUUCUCCGGCAACAACAACGGUGCUGACGGCUCUGGCAAGUCAGGCGACGACGAUGCGGAUGCCGGCGCGAGCAGCAGCUCUUCGACCCGCGCCAGCUCCGUUGGAAUCGGUGUCGGUGUCGUGGCUGGUGCUGCCGCAUACGGUGCUGGUAUGUUCUGGCUUGCUCGCCGCUACCGCAGGAAGCGCCAGCUGCACCAGCGCUCCAGCUCCACGGUUGAGCAGAUGAGUGGCGGCGGAUCCCUCCUCGUUGCGGGUGGUCGGGUUUCCCGCCACAGCCAGAACAGCCGGGGCAGCGGCCGCACUCAGAUGAUCAGUGCUCCUGUGAUGGCCGAGAACUCGUUGGGCUGGAACUGA